AUGAGCAAUGCUAAAGCUAUUGGCACACCAAUGAGUCCUUCAACAAGUCUCGACAAAGAUGAACAGGGAAUUCCUAUUGAUGAAACUAAGUAUCGUGGAAUGAUUGGCUCACUUCUUUAUCUAACUGCUAGUCGACCUGAUAUUAUGUUUAGUGUCUGUAAAUGUGACAGGUUUCAGUCAGCUCCUAAGGAAUCACAUUUGACUACAGUAAAAAGAAUUAUUCGAUAUCUCAUUGGAACUGUCUCUCACGGAUUAUGGUAUCCACGAUCUAACAAUUUUAAAUUAGAAGGUUUUUCAGAUGCUGAUCUUGCAGGUGAUAUAGAAGACAGAAAAAGCACCAGUGGAAUAUGCAUAUUAUUUGGAAAGGCACUAAUAUCUUGGAACAGUAAAAAGCAAGGAUCAGUAGCAUUAUCCACGACUGCAGCUGAGUAUAUCGCCAUUGGACAAUGUUGUGCACAAUUACUAUGGAUGCCUCAUCAACUGGGUGACUAUGAAUUAUAA